UGGGCCCCUCUGGAGAUGAAUCUUUGCUGGAACGAGAUCAAAAAGAAAUCCCACAGCCUUCGGGCUCGGCUGGAGGCCUUUUCUGACCACAGUGGGAAGCUGCAGGUGCCUCUCCAGGAGAUAAUAGACUGGCUCGGGCAGAAGGAUGAGGAGCUCUCUGCACAGCUGCCCCUGAGGGGUGAUGUCCUCCUGGUGCAGCAGGAAAAGGAGACGCACGCGGCUUUCAUGGAAGAAGUGAAGUCUCGGGGACCAUACAUUUACUCUGUCCUGGAGUCGGCACAGGCUUUCCUUUCCCAGCAUCCAUUUGAGGAAUUAGAAGAACCAACUUCAGAAAGCAAAGAUGUCUCUCCCCGGCACCGGAUCCAAAACAUCAGCCGCUUUGUCUGGAAGCAGGCAAACGUGGCCAGUGAGCUGUGGGAGAAGCUCACGGCCCGGUGUGUGGACCAGCACCGCCACAUUGAACGGACACUGGAGCAGCUGCUAGAGAUUAAAGGGGCCAUGGAGGAGCUCAGCACGACACUGGACCAGGCUGAAAGCGUGCGUGAAACCUGGGAACCCAUUGGGGACCUCUUCAUUGACUCCUUGCCAGAGCACAUCCAGUCGACCAAGCUGUUCAAAGAGGAGCUCUCCCCCAUGAAGGAUGGGGUGAAAGUGGUCAAUGAUCUUGCGCACCAGCUUGCCAUCUCAGAUGUCCACCUGUCCAUGGAGAACUCCCGUACCCUGGAGCAGAUCAACACGCGCUGGAAGCAGCUGCAGGCCUCCAUAAACGAACGCCUGAAGCAGCUCCAAGACGCCCACCGGGACUUCGGACCAGGCUCCCAGCACUUCCUCUCCUCCUCUGUCCAGGUCCCCUGGGAGCGAGCCAUUUCCCCCAACAAAGUGCCAUACUACAUCAAUCACCAGGCCCAGACGACAUGCUGGGACCACCCAAAGAUGACGGAGUUGUACCAGACACUGGCGGAUUUGAAUAACAUCAAGUUCUCAGCAUAUCGGACGGCUAUGAAGCUACGACGGGUGCAAAAAGCCCUGCGAUUGGACAUGGUAACCCUGGCCACGGCCUUGGAAAUCUUCAAUGAGCAUGACCUGCAGCCCAGUGACCGGGCGAUGGACGUGGUGGAGGUCAUCCACUGCCUGACUGCCCUCUACGAGAGGCUGGAGGAGGAGCGGGGCAUCCUGGUGAAUGUGCCACUCUGUGUGGAUAUGAGCCUCAACUGGCUGCUGAAUGUCUUUGACAGUGGCCGCAGUGGGAAGAUGAGGGCUCUCUCCUUCAAGACGGGCAUUGCAUGUCUGUGUGGAACAGAGGUCAAGGAGAAGUUUCAGUAUCUCUUCAGCCAAGUGGCGAACACCGGGGGACUGUGUGACCAGCGGCACCUUGGCGUCCUGCUCCACGAGGCCAUCCAGGUCCCACGCCAGCUGGGGGAAGUGGCGGCAUUUGGGGGCAGCAACGUGGAGCCCAGCAUCCGUAGCUGCUUCCGCUUUAGCAAUGGGAAGCCUGCCAUCGAGGCAUCCCAGUUCCUGGAGUGGGCCAACCUGGAGCCACAGUCCAUGGUGUGGCUGGCCGUGCUGCACCGGGUGACCAUAGCUGAGCAGGUGAAGCACCAGACCAAGUGCUCCGUCUGCCGGCAGUGCCCCAUCAAGGGCUUCAGGUAUCGGAGCCUGAAGCAGUUCAAUGUGGAUAUCUGCCAGACUUGCUUCCUCACUGGGCGGGCCAGCAAGGGCAACAAGCUGCACUACCCCAUCAUGGAGUACUACACCCCGACUACAUCCAGUGAGAACAUGAGAGACUUUGCCACAACACUGAAGAACAAAUUUCGGUCCAAGCAGUAUUUCAGCAAGCACCCGCAGAGAGGUUACCUGCCCGUCCAGUCCGUACUUGAGGCUGACUUCUCUGAGACACCAGCCUCCUCCCCGAUGUUACCACAUGCUGACACCCACUCCCGGAUCGAGCACUUUGCCAGCAGGCUUGCAGAGAUGGAAAGCCAGAACUGUUCCUUCUUCAAUGACAGCCUGUCCCCUGACGAUAGCCUGGACGAGGACCAGUACCUGCUGCGCCAUUCCAGCCCCAUCACCGACAGAGAGCCUGGGGGCAGCCAGCAGGUUCCAGGAAGCCUCAGCAUGGAUGACAAAGGAGAGCUGGAGCGAAUCCUCGCCCACUUAGAGGAUGAAAACAGGGUACUCCAGGGAGAGCUGAGACGUUUGAAAUGGCAGCAUGAUGAGGCAGUGGAGUCUCCAACCUUGGCUACAGGCUCCCCCGAAUCAGUGCAAGACCCACAUAACGAUGAGCUCCUAGCAGAAGCACGAAUCCUCCGGCAGCACAAGAGCCGCCUGGAGACCCGCAUGCAGAUUCUGGAGGACCACAACAAGCAGCUGGAGUCCCAGCUGCACCGGCUGAGGGAGCUGCUGCUGCAGCCUCCAGCAGAGUCAGAUGGCAACAGUUCAGCAGCCUCUUCCUUGGCUUCCUCUCCGCAUCAGUCUGAAGGCAGUCAGGCAAAGGAGAAAGAGCACAACACCCCUGACACGGAAGCUGCAGAUGAUGUGGAAGCCAAAACCCAGGAAGUCAGCGUGUGCCUGGAAGACAUCAUGGAGAAGCUGCGGAACGCCUUCCCCAACUCUCGAGGUACUCGAGUGAAAUCCCCCUCUCUGGCCUCUUACUGCUCCCUCAGAUGAGGUUUUCCCCACAGAGCCCUGCCCCAAUCCCAGCUUCCCUGC